ACUGAACCUGUGCAAUUGCGGCUUGAUACAUGACGAUAAAUCCAAUUUACUGCCCUGCGAACAGGUGCUGUGCUCUAUAUAGCGAGCACUGCCCUUAUAGAGCCGCUGUCGGUUUCGACUGUCAACGACUGAAUAUUGAUGAAUAUGGUUCCCGCUGUCACUGCACCGCUGAUCGACUCCAUAUCCUGCACUUAUGCUCCCGCUUGUCACCCACUUUGAGUACCUGUGAUACUCUUGUUACAUCUUGGACUAGCGCCGUUCGGACUAUGCCUAUAAACAGCUGGGUUCAGUAUCGAGAACUGCAGCUUUUUUGCGAAUCCCGAUGUCGAGUGCGAAUCGUGUCCGAUGCAGAUCAGCAAAGGACCCAUGCGCACACGGUGGCGAAGUACCGUCUUUUCCCUUAUGGCAUGGCCUCGGCUUUUGAUGAGGUGCAAAAAUACCUUGAGGAGGCACUACCAAGACAAUUCACGCAUGGGCUACAUUAUUUCUGACCCAUUACGUCUACGUUCUAUCGAACGAACUGUUUUAUAUACAAGUUCUAGGAGGUGAAAUAGCCGCGAUCCGGCACAAGGGUUCCCAUAUGCAGCAAGCAUUAUCUCGUGCAGCCUGCAAACGUGUUCCACAUGGAUGGGCGGCCACAUCGACGACUUGGCGUAUGAUAACGUGGUGCGCGAGGGUGCGCGAAGAGCCUGCACGGUCCUCCGCAAAAAAAUGGGAUUGGCAGGGCAGCAUCUGCCCUAUUGCGGCAAUGCCACCUCGAAAUUGCUGCCAUGCGGAUCGCUCUUGGCUUCGUACUGCACCAUGCGCAUCUCGCUUACUCCCCCUCAGGGAACGGAUAGGUCGCUGGCC